GAGGACAUUGAGCUCAGAGAGUUCCAGCUCUCUGCUGCUACUCUCAGCCUGAUUUAGCUGUUGACAGCUGCUGCCCAACAGCCUAGCUAGCUCCCUUCUGUGGUCUAGCCAACCACCAAGCCCCAGACUCUUCGUUCCAGUGACUCCUACAGCCCACCCCAAAAUGGCUGAGAAAGAACAGGCUGCCGCUGCUCCUCAAAAUGGAGAGGGGGACUCUGAGAACCUGGAUGACCCUGAGAAAUUGAAGGAGCUGAUUGAGUUACCGCCCUUUGAGAUUGUUACAGGGGAACGGCUUCCUGUCAAUUUCUUUAAGUUUCAGUUCAGGAAUGUAGAGUACAGCUCUGGACGGAACAAGACCUUCCUGUGCUAUGUGGUGGAAGCCCAGGGCAAGGACGGCCAAGGCCAGAUGUCCCGGGGCUACCUGGAGGAUGAGCAUGCCGGAGACCAUGCAGAAGAGGCCUUCUUCAAAACCAUCCUGCCCACCUUUGACCCUGCCCUUCGCUACAAUGUCACUUGGUACGUCUCCUCCAGCCCCUGCGCAGCCUGCGCUGACCGCAUCUCAAGCACCCUGAGCAAAAACAAGAACCUUAGGAUGCUCCUCUUGGUGGGUCGGCUCUUCAUGUGGGAGGAGCCCGAGAUCAAGGCUGCCUUGAAGAGGUUGAAGGAAGCGGGAUGCAAGCUACGCAUCAUGAAGCCCCAGGACUUCGAGUAUGUGUGGCAGAAUUUUGUGGAGCAAGAAGAGGGAGAGUCGAAGGCCUUUGUACCCUGGGAGGACAUUCAGGAGAACUUCCUUUACUAUGAGGAGAAGCUGGCUGAGGUCCUGCACUGAUCUGCCUUUACAUGGCUAACCUGUCACUUCCAAGAGACAUCAGUGACAUACACAGCCAUCUGGGACAUGCCUGUGGCUUCCUAAUACCACUUGGAGCCAGACAGUACCCAAGUCAACCUCAUCAGACAGGCCCCUAAUGGACUAAAAAUAUACUCCCUGUGCUGCAAUUAAUUUAAGCUGUUCCCCUCUGUUAAAGUUACUCAUGGGGAGGGUGGGGGACAAAGUGAGUGUGGGGGAGCAAAACUGAAAAUUUAAUUGUUUAGUCAACAGGUUAGUCACUUACCAACAGGCUGCAUCAUAAACCAAAUACCUACAGACCCAAGGUGCAAAUCUUAGAAUUAUGUCCAGCAAUGUGUUUUGUAAUGUUAAGAAACUUUUUUUAAAAGAGAAAACCAGUGAUGAUUACCAAAAGAGAAUCAUGUUGUUUUUUAUUUCUCAUGCAAACUGAUGGAUGCUAGGCUUUCAAGAAACCUAGCAUAAAGAGCAGGACACAAUCCACCACAGGGUUGAAACUCAAGUCUGAGGAUGUGAACCAAAUUUUUUUUCUCAACCUGUGAUUGAUUUCACUGGUGCAGAACUUCUUCCACAGAGGUAGCUCGGCAAUUUAUGUAUUUUAUAAUUAUCAGAGAGUAGCCUGUAAUAACUGAGGUUAAGUGAAUUAUUCAUGGUCAUAAAGCUAGUAUUUGUGAAGAGCCAGGACUUGAAUCCAGGUCUUUCUGACUCUAAGGUCGACCCUGUCUUCAUUGUAUCACUCUGCCUCUGAAUCAGUUCAUACUAAAAAAUAACAGGAGGCUUAAAUUGAUAAACUGCUCCAGCAACAUGACAACACCUCAUACAGACUUUCUACUGGUGUCUUUCAUCUCUACAAAAAGGUUUUGUGUUUUUUAAAAAAAAUUUGCCCCAUAAUCA